UCGAUUCCUCUCCAGCCUCCAGGUGGCGGUGUGGUGCGACGAGACCGAAACAGCAGUCCGCCAUGAUGAUGUGGGACCGAGAGAUCUACAAGAUUUGAAGGAUUGUUGAGCGAGGUGAUUUGCUAGUGUAUCGGAUUUCUCCGACAUUCGUCAAGACUCCAGCUCUUGUUCGUCGACUAGUCACCAUGGAGCCUGUGAUACAUACAGUUCGACAGAAAGUCCUCUGGAACCUCAGAAGAAUUGGACUGCUUCCCUGCAGGAAUCACUCAAGUUACGCUGAGCCUGCUACCGCUCCUCCCUCCCUUCACACCGGGCAAAGGAGUCCCCCACUCCUGGUCUCUCGUCUGUAUCAGCCGUCAAACCUCCGUGACAUGGGCCCUGAGAACCGAAUGCAAGGAGAAGUUACCUGUAAGAGUCAGAGGCUCAUGCAACAGGCUGGCCUCAUUUAUCCUUCCAAUCCAGGAUGCUACUACUACCUUCCUGCCACUGUGCGCUCCAUGGAGAAACUGGUUCGAGUGAUUGACCAGGAGAUGCAGCAGAUCGGCGGGCAGAAGCUGGACAUGCCCAGUUUGUGCUCGGCUGAUCUCUGGAGAACCAGUCAGCGUUGGGACUUGAUGGGAAAGGAGCUGUUCCGUCUGAAAGACCGCCACGGUGCUGACUACUGUUUGGGACCCACUCACGAGGAGGCUGUGACCACUCUGGUGGCCCACCAGACCACCCUGUCUUACAGACAGCUGCCUCUACUGCUGUACCAGAUUACCCGCAAAUUCCGAGAUGAGCCGAAGCCAAGGUUUGGCCUCCUUCGAGGAAGGGAGUUCUACAUGAAGGACAUGUACUCUUUUGAUGUCAGCGAGGAGGCGGCUUAUGAGACCUACGAAUCCGUGUGUCACGCAUACACUCGGGUCUUCGCACGACUGGGCCUGCGUUGCGUGCAAGUUCAAGCCGACACAGGGAACAUAGGUGGAAAACUCUCGCAUGAGUUCCAGCUGCCCGCGGACAUUGGCGAAGACAGGCUUUUGGUGUGCGGGAACUGCUCCUUCUCUGCUAACGUAGAGACCAUGGCGUCCGACAGAACUGACUGCCCACAGUGCAAAACCGGUGCCCUGACUGAGUCCAAGGGCAUUGAGGUGGGCCACACCUUUUACCUGGGCAAAAAGUACUCCAACACGUUCAACGCCAGGUUCAGCAAUGCCCAAAACAAGGCCGGGAUUGCGGAAAUGGGCUGCUAUGGCCUCGGAGUGACGCGUAUUCUUGCUGCAACCAUCGAGGUGUUGUCAACAGAUGAGAGUAUCCGCUGGCCGGGUCUUCUGGCCCCUUACCAGGUUUGCGUUUUACCGCCCAAGAAAGGCAGCAAGGAGGUUGAGGCAACUGGGGUGGCCGAAGAGCUCGUUCACACAUUAGGACGGACUUUGCCGCAUUUGAGAGGUGAGGUUGUUCUUGAUGACCGCACUCAGAUGACCAUCGGCAAGAGGCUGAAAGACGCCUGCCGGCUGGGUUACCCUUAUGUCGUUGUGGUUGGACAGGGGGCACUAGAGGACACACCCAGUUUUGAGGUCAUCUGUCAGCAGACUGGUGAGGAAAUGUUUUUAAGUAAGGAGGAGCUCAUCUGUCUUUUGGGAAAAGUGGAAAUAGUAUGAUUGAAAUUGGGAUUGAAUGGUUUUUUUAUAUUAAUUUAUUGAAGUGCGUAAAACUGACGUGAGGGCUAUACUUUUACAAUUGAAAGAAAAUCAUGUACAAAUGUCCACCACGAGUCAUGAUAAUGUAUCUUUCUCGCAGAACAAAUAAUAAUAUGGCUGACAAUAUGCUGGAUUGCCAAUGAACCCAGGUAAAAAAAAAAAAAAAAAACAUGGCUUUUUCUUUCCAUGGAAUAAAAUAAAGUGCGUUUAUUCUCUACCUUAUUUUAUUUUAUUAAAUGCCAUACAAACGCGAUGAGAUAAGGAAAGAGUUUUUUUUACCUUUAUGUGUGGGGAAAAAAUAUCAACGAAAUGCUACAUUUUGUUUCUGUGUGUAACAAACAUUUUGAACUGAAAAGAAGCUAAAUUCAAUUAAACCAUUUAAUGUA